AUCAAUAUCGUAUCUCGCACAAUGUUUCCUCUUUUGAAAAAUUGCCUCAUGGCGAGACAGGGAAUUGUCAAUUAUGAAACUUUUACUCGUUUUUCUGGAAUUUCCAUAAAUAAGGCUUAUUCUACAAAAAGUGACAAUACCUCCAAAAAUAUUGUAUUCAUUGACGGAGUACGGACUCCAUUUUUACAAUCUGGAACUUACUAUAAGAAUCUUCUGGCUUAUGAUCUUGCAAGACAUUCACUAGUGAGCUUGCAAAAAAAAAUUGGGUUUCCGAAGGAAAUAGUCGAUUAUAUUGUCUAUGGCACAGUGAUGCAAGAAGUGCGAACUUCCAAUAUUGGGAGAGAGGCCGCUUUGGCCGCGGGAUAUAGCGAACACACUCCUGCGCAUACAGUAACGAUGGCAUGCAUUAGCAGUAAUCAGGCUAUUACUACUGGUAUGGGUUUAAUCGCAUGCGGUGUUUAUGACGCUGUUGUGGCAGGAGGAGUAGAAUUUAUGUCAGAUAUUCCAAUUCGACAUAGUCGAUCCAUGAGGUCUCUAAUGCUGCAAGCUAAUAAGGCAAAAACCCUGCCAAACAAAUUAGCUCUCUUGGCCAGUAUCAGACCAAGUCAUUUCAUACCAGAUGUAAGUUUACAUAAUCUUUCUACAUCAAUUUUUUAAAAGAAAAUAUAUGAGAAAAUUACAUUUAAUAUAUACGUUAAAUAUAUACAUGUUU